AUGUCAGCUGAUAUAGUAUCAUAUCACGGUGGAGAUGGUGGUGGUCAAGACCCCACAGAUCCUAGCAGGAUACCCUCAACUUGCGAGUCAGAUUGUCCUGCAAGAAGGAGGGGACGUGGCCCUGCCAGUAAUAUUAAUAUUGAAAAACGAAGGCGGGAUGCUGGCAAACCACUUGAAUUGCAACUUGAUCCGGCGACAGACAAAGUGGUUGGUACUGAGCACCAAGCUUUUGUUCGUCAAUUGAGUACUGAAGUUACAUUACUAUUGCCGGGACAUUAUUUAGAUUUUAAAGAUGUUCCUCAGCAAUAUAAAGACCAGGUCGUUCAAAAGAUGAAGUAUUACUAUAAUAUCGAUGGGCAUCCAGAACCUGAAAGAGUUAUGGGAACUCUGUAUACGGAGAUGCGCAAAAGAUAUUCAGAGAGAAAGAAUAUUAGACAUUCUCAUUUCCAAAAAUAUUAUUCUGGAAAUCCGAAUGAUUUGGAUAGUGCUCUCAAUGCUAUUCCUGACUUGUGCUCGAAGGAGAGCUGGAAAGAAAUCGUCGAUUUGUUUCUGAGCCCAAAGUUUAUAGCGCGAUCCACGCAGAACAAGAAAAAUAGAAAGGAAAUGAAGUAUUUGUCGACGCAAGGCUCUAAAUCAAUGGCAGCGAUUCGUAACGAAUAUGAUGAACCUGAUGAGCAUGCUAUUGAUGCUUGGAGAGAUACUCAUAUAAAAAAAUCUACGAAGACUUGGGUUAGCGAAACUUGCAAAGAACUACAUGAUCAAAUGACCCAAGAGAUGGAGAGGCAAAAUAUUCAAAGUUGUCAGUCAGGUUCGGAAUCUGCUUCUAGUGAAGGUUCUAUUGCUAAAUCAAUACAGUAUCAGGUUAUGGAUAAAGUCCUUGGCUCGAGGUCUGAUUAUCAAAUAGGAGUGGGAUACAGGCCAAGAGAGAUGAUGGGAGUUUUGGCUGAGAUGUGGGUUAAGAAGCGUGAUAAGGUCGAGUCAGGAAAUUUUCAGACUAAUUCUUCCCUCCAUGACCCACGCUAUGAAAGUUUAUUGCAGCAGUUCUUACCUUCUCAACAACAAGGAAAAAUGGUCAAUAUUGGGUGUGAUGCUUCACGUGAGGUAGGCGUGGAGUUGAUGUGCAUAUGUGUUGAGGAGAUUGGACAGGUGGCGGCGUGGAGAGGUCUUGAGGCAGCUGGUGGUGCUUGCUGA